AUGCGGGCUUGCACCGCUGCCCCACGCCGCCCUGCAGCCGCUGCUGGAGGAGACCUGCUGGGCGCCUCCUUCCUCUGCCGCUGCGCGCAGCUCCAGCGCGCCGCUUUUGCGGAGGCCUCCAACCGCCUCGAGGGCCAAGCGAAGCACCAGGCCAACCAGGAGCAGCGCCUGAGGCGCCUGGAGGAUGAGCUGCGCCGGGCGCACCUCGCCAUGAACAAGAUGCUGGCCUUUGUGGAUGUGGGAGACCACCCGGUUAUGGUGAAAUCGCUGCAGGACAUCGUGCGACACGGCUUCGAGAACUGCCCCUGGCCCCAGAACCACACGGCGCUGCACUACGCCGCGCAGUACAUGGAGGACCCCAGGCUGCUGUCGCUGCUUUGCGCGCUGGCCUCGCCAGAGGCCUUAGCGGCCAGGGACGACACCGGGCGCACGGCUGCGGACUACGCGCGCGCAGGGCAGAAGCCGCAGCUGCUGCGAGUCCUCGAGGGAGAGGUCGCUCCUUCGAAGCCGCCGAUGGCCUCCUUCCUGGCGCCCCAGCCCGCGCAGCAGCCGGAGCCGCCCAUCUCCGGGCCGGCGGUGACCCAGGAGCAGCUCUAUGCUGCGGCCAAGCACUGCCGGGGCUAUCUCCACAAGUUCCCCACCUCCGGCAUCGGUUUCUGGACCAAAGCCCAGAAGCGCUUCUUCGCGCUGCGGGGCCGCGAGGAGCGCUGGGAGCUGUGCUACUGGGAGAGCACGGAGGCCUUCAACGACAGUCAGAAAGAGAAAGGCUUGGUGGACAUGGGCCGCGUGGUGGCCGUCUCUAACCAGGUCAGCGGCGUCGGGGAGGCUGGCGUGAAGCUCACCUACCGCGAUGACACAGGGAACGUGCGGGAGCUGAUUGCGGUUGCCAAGGACUCCAACCAGAUGCCCUCCGCCAGCGAGGCGGAGAGGUGGUGCCAGGCGUUACAGCACUUCUGCAUGUUGCUGGCGAAGGCGCCGUCGGGUCGCCGCCAGCAGGGCGGCGGCGGCAGGCCCUUGCCACAAACCCCGGAGGCCCAGCUGUGGGCCAAGCACUUCGAGAAGGCCCAGGUGCAACCCGCCCGCGGCCCGGACGCUUCUUCGUUCCUGGGCGCCGCGCCCUCCUUCCACGUGAGCGGAGAGGACCAACAGGACGCGCCAGACCCGGGGCCGGACCCAGAGCCGGAAGUCCAUGGUCCCGGUGAAGAGCCGCCGGUCCUGCGACUCCGAAGUCGACGUGGAGGCCUUGGACCCGAACCCUCCCAAGGAGACGUUCGCAGUGAGGCGCCGGUCCACCACAUUGGUAGCUUCGCGAGUACCUUGGAGAAACGUUUCUCCAUCAUGGACAUGUACGACGGUGAGUGGGAGAACGUGAUCGGGCGGCAGCUGUCCUCGAGCGAGUCGGAGGAGAGCGAGCCCGCACAGCCGAUGUCCUUGAUGGACUUCCUGGAGGAUGUGCCGGACAUCGAUGAUGCCUCUACCCAAGACAGAGGAGGAAGCAACAACAGACAAGGCGGCCAAAGCGGCGCCGUCUUGGGCGGCGACGCUGGCGACGGCUCAGGUGGCCAACGUGGCGCCGUCUUGGGUGGUGCAGUUGGCAGUGGCUCAGGCGGCGGAGGCAGGGACGGCUCAGACGGCGCUGCUUUGGGUGGUGGCGGCUCAGGCGGCUCAGGCGGCUCAGACGGCGACGGUGGCUCAGGCGGAGGUGGCGGCUUGGCCGGCUCAGGCGGCAGAGGCGGGGACGGCUCAGGCGGCCAAAGCGGCGCCGCUCUGGGUGGUGGCGGCUCAGGCAGUGACAGUCUGGGCAGCCAAGGCGGCGCCAUCUUGGGUGGUGCAGUUGGCAGUGGCUCAGGCGGCGGAGGUGGCGGCUUGGCCGGCUCUGGCGGCAGAGGCGGGGACGGCUCAGGCGGCCAAAGCGGCGCCGCUCUGGGUGGUGGCGGCUCAGGCAGUGACAGUCUGGGAAGCCAAGGCGGCGCCAUCUUGGGUGGUGCAGUUGGCAGUGGCUCAGGCGGCGGAGGUGGCGGCUUGGCCGGCUCAGGCGGCAGAGGCGGGGACGGCUCAGGCGGCCAAAGCGGCGCCGCUCUGGGUGGUGGCGGCUCAGGCAGUGACAGUCUGGGCGGCCAAGGCGGCGCCAUCCUGGGUGGUGCAGUUGGCAGUGGCUCAGGCGGCGGAGGUGGCGGCUUGGCCGGCUCAGGCGGCGUAGGCGGGGACAGCUCAGGCGGCCACAGCGGCGCCGCUCUGGGUGGUGGCGGCUCAGGCGGCCAAAGCGGAGACACAGGACCUGGAGGUGAAGUUGGUCAUGGCUUAGGCCCUGCCGGCGGCGAUGGAGGAGGUCUGCCGAUCUCUGAAGGCCUUCCUAUCAGCCCACAGACAAUCGAGAGCACAAGCCAUAAGGACAGCGACAGUGCAGGUGCACAAGUUCAGCCAGGCAAGGGACAACAGGAUGGCUUGCCGCCUGCCAGCCAAGCAAGCGCCUCUGCUGUUGGAGGGGAGCAGCAUGAGGAAUCUGCUGACAAAGGAGAAGCAGUCGCCAGCGGCAAAGCAGGAAAGAAGGGGAAGAAGGGGAAGGGCAAAGGUCCCCCGCCCCCUGCACCAGUCAGAGAGCCGGACGAGGCCAAGGCUGAGUCGAUUCCCAUUGACGCUGGCUCCGCGGCGCCUGAGGCUGCGCCGAAGGCCAAGGGCAAGAGCAAGGGCCCGCCCCCACCCGCACCAAAAGCCGCAUCCGCUGAAGCGGACGCGAGCGGCACGAAGGCCAAGGGCAAAAGCAAGGGUCCCAAAGGCCCUAAAGGCCCUCCGCUACCGGGUGCCGGAACAGCGGAAGCCAAACCGGAGGGACCCAAAGGACCAGGGAAAGGUCCAGGCAAGCCAGGAGGCAAAGGUCCUCCGGCCAAGGGGAAGGGCAAGAAAGGGAAGGAGGAGAUCAAGCUGCGACAGCCGAAGAUCAAGCCCUCCCAGAACAUGAAGCAACUCUGGUGGACCAGGUUCCUCAUCGGCCGGCACAUCAAGGAGGGUGAAACCAUUUGGGAUGCUGCAGGCUCGGAGGAGGUCCAGCUCGCAGUGCAUGUGGUGGAGAACCGCUUCGGACGGGGCGGCGUGCAGAAGGUGGAGAAGCAGGAGGUGAAGAAGCAAGAGAAGGAGCCCCUCAAGGCCAUCCGCAUCAUCACAGACCCCAACCUCAUCGUGGGAAAGGAGGCGGCCCUCCGAAAGCUGCCUUCAGCCCCCGCUGUGGCCUCGGCCUUGGAGAAGUUGGACUCCCUGGUGCUGGGCCGCGACCUGCUGGCCGUGAUCCAGGAGCACGCCUGCCCGCAGCCCGCGCAGGUGAGUCAGCUGGAGGAGUGCAUGAAGGAGAAUCCCGGAGUUCCCCUAGCGCUGCCCGAGCAGUACAUGUGGAAGAUCAGCCGCGUGCCGGCCUUUCAGGCCCGGAUCUCCUGCUGGAGCUUCGUGAUCACUUACAAGGAGAGCCUCGCCUCCUGCAGCCUCAUGCUCAGCGAGUUCCAGGUCAUUGAGAGCUCCCUGCGGAGCUCGGAGGCGUUGAAGCAGCUGCUGGCCUUGAUCCUGGCUGUGGGGAACUACCUGAAUGGCAGCACGGAGCGAGGCCAAGCAGAUGGCUUCGACUUGGAGACCUUGACGACAAAGCUGGACAGCGUGAAAGACAACGUUGUGCAGUCGAGAGACGCAAGACACUUGAUCUUUGAGCUCUUCUUCUGUGGUGGUCAGGACAUGGGCCAGUUGGCCCUGGACGAGCCGAGCCGCUGCUACGACCGGGGAGCGCAGCUCAUGGAGGACCUCGCGCCCUUGCUGAAGAACGUGAGCCGCGCCGUGCAGCGGGACUCCGAGGGAACGCUGAAGAUGAUGAAGAACGUCCGGGUGGGACUUGAGGAGGCCGAGGAGUCGCUGAGGAACUUGAGCCAACAGCUGGCGGAGCAGUUGGAGGCGCUGCAGAUGGCCCUGCAGUUCACGGAAGAUCCAGUGGACCCCCUGAAGCUGCACAUGUCCUCCGAUCUGCAGGCGGCCAAGGCGGAGAUCUCAGCCCUGGAGACGCAGGCGAAGAGCUGCCGGGAGAACUACAACGGCCUCAUGAAGUACUUCAACCACUCGGGCAUGAAGAGUAGUGACUUCAUCCUGCUCUGGGACAACCUGCUCAUUCCGGAGGAUGUGGUCUUGUCCAUUCCGUUGGCCACUCUGAAGAAGCACAUCUUGCCCCGCUUCUGUGCUCCAUCCGUCGUGCCCACGUUCCACGACCUGCUGGUGCUAUGGGGCCUCUGCCCCCCCGAGCAGAAGCCGGUCCGGAAAGGGCGCACGGUGCGCCGGGUGCGGCGCCGCAUGCCCUCCCGGCCGGCCUCGGACCUGGCCUCGGUGGUGCAGAGUCAGCGCGCGGUGCAGCGGGUGGCCAACAUCUGGCGGGAGCACACCAGGCGCUCUUCGUCCUCGCGCUUCGGCCGGGAUAUUCCGGAGAUGAGACGACCCGAGAAAAUCGGUGGCGUGGGCUCGGGUCAUCCAUCGCCUAUGGCGAAUGUCUCCUCUACGUCCCCACUCUUCCAAGAGGUGAACCUCACUGCCACAGCCCUGACCAAUGCCGCAGAGCAGCUGGUCUUUGGCUUCGCUGGGUGCAUCAUGGUGGUGGUGGUCGUGGGCAGCAUCAUCCAUCGUCUGAAGCUGGACUUCCUGCCGGAGAGCUUGGUCUGUGUGAGCGCCGGCGCUUUGUUGGGAUACGCGCUGUACUACUCGGACUGGGGCGGCCAAAGACAUGAGCUGGACGUGAAUUUCCAGUAUGCGCUCUUCAGUCUGCUUCUGAAGCUCUUCUGCCUGCCCACCAUCAUCUUCGAGUCUGGCUGGUCCUUGCGGCAGCGAGACUUCUUCUCCCAGAUCAUGUACAUCUUGCUGAUCGCAAUCCUGGGCACCAGCAUCUCGGUGGUGGUGGUGGCCUAUGUUCUGCACGGCUCAGCGGAGUAUCACGGCGUCAAGUCCUGGCGGACGUGCUUGGCCUACGCGUCGCUGAUCAGCUCCACGGACCCGGUGGCCACACUGGCGACCUUCGGGGCCAUGAACGUAGACCCCUUGCUCUUCAUCCUGGUCUUCGGAGAGUCUCAGAUCAACGACGCUGUAGCCAUCACCUUGUUCGAGAGCAUCAACAGCGGCGAGAUCUCCUCGCUCAGCCACAUCGUCCUCCGGGUCUUUGCGCUGCUCUUCGGCUCCCUAGGGCUUGGCAUCGGUAUCGCCAUGGUGAUGGUCAUGGUCAUGCGCUUUAUGAAAUUGGGGCGCAGCCCUCACAACGCGCUGCUUUUCCUGGUGAGCACUCCAUUUCUGAGCUACACCUUGGCGGAGCAGGUGGGCAUGUCAGGCAUCAUCACUGUGCUCUUCACCUCCAUCGUGAUGGGCGGCUAUGCGCCGCCUCACCUGCCGCCUGAGGCCACGACACUGGCAUCUUUCCUGCUGAAGCAGGUCGCCUCUGUGGGCGACACCAUCAUCUUCCUUUGCUGUGGCAUGAUGGUGGUGCACGUGCAAAAGGAUGGGCUCCUGCUGUCGCUCUGGGUGAUGUUGGCCUGCCUGGUGGGCCGCGCCGCGGCGGUCUUCCCCAUGAGCUGGCUCUGCAACAGCAUCAAGUGGUGCGUGAGCCACAAGGUUCCGGCAGAGCGCCGGCAUUUCAUCACCUGGAAGCACCAGGUCAUGCUCUUCCACUCGGGUCUCAGAGGUGGCAUCGGGCUGGUCUUGUCCCUGGAGCUGGGCGAGUAUGUGGACCAAGAGAAUUCCAAGCCCGACACGAAGCAGGCUUUGGUGGAUGCGACCUUUGUGAUGAUUUGCGCUUACUUGCUUGUCUUCGGAGGCUCAACGAGCUGCGCACUGCAGCUGUUGAGUAUUCCCUACGGGGACGACGUGCCGGGGGACGCCAGCCUCUACAAGUCCUCCGAGGGGGGCGUGUGCUACUCCGUGGGAGUGAAGUUCCGGAGGAAUGUGCUCAAGCCGCUGCUGGUGGGGAGGAAUCCCCUGGUAGAGCAGCACGGCGUGAACCUCACCGCGGCGGUCAUUCAGGAUGCGGCGGACCGGGAAGCCAGCAGCGCUUUUGGGCUCCGGAGGCGCAGCUCCGUGGCCAUCCUGCCGGACCGCCGCAGCUCCCUGGCGCUGUUCGGCACGCCGGACCCAGCGCACGUGGAGGAGGUGGAGGAUGCGGUUCAGAGCACCACAGGUUCGGACCUGCCCCUAUCUGGGAGCUCGGACCGCGAGAGAUCCUACUUGUCCAGCGGCGAGGAGGAUGGCUUCUCCGAUUCCAGUUCACCUGCGUGAGUUGAUGUGUCCGGCUGUGGACGAAGCGAUCAAACCGAUGGGCAAAGCUUGUUUGGACGUGGCGAGUUUCCGCUAAACCACCA